AUGAAGAAAACACCAAAAGCAACGAUCAAGAAAAAAAAUCCAACGUUUGGGAAUCUUGAAGAAUCUUUCGAUGAAAAUUUGUAUGGGAAGAUUGUGUACAACGAGGAAGAAGCUUAUGAUCUCUAUAAUGAGUAUGGUGCAAGCAUUGGCUUUAGCAUUCGAAGAAAACAAAAAAAGAUAUAA